AUGAGCAACGACCACGAUAUGAUUGUGGUCGAUAGCAAGUCGCGCUCGAAAAAUGCAAAAUCUAAGGAGAAAGAAAAUGGAAAGAAGCGAAAGACGCCCGGUGAUAAGGGCAGCCCUAUGAAGAAAAGAAAGGGUGAUGUCCAAGAACAGAGUGUUGAAGAUAUCGACACGUCAAGACCGACUGCCGUCUUCAAUCCUACUAAAGGCCGCAACUGGACGGUGACAAUUGCUCUUCCUGGAAGCUGGACUCUGAAUGCAAAGAAGCCCGAUCACAAAACCAUUCAGGUUGGGCGCAUUGCACGCGCAGCAGCCAUCUACUGUGUCGACGAAAUCGUGGUUUAUGACGACGACCCAAGUAACAUUGACCACAACGUCAUCGAUCAAAAGUAUAUUCGCAAAGGUCGCACGAAACAGCAGGUUCUAGAUUCCAUCUCCGAACAAGAUGAAGCAUGGCAGAAUCCUGACCAGUUCCUGUACCAUUUGUUGGCUUUUGCAGAAUGCCCUCCACAUCUGAGGUAUGACCGCGAGGAUCCGCGAUUGAGCAUCUUCAAGGAACAUCAAAACCUCAAGUGGGUGGGUAAUCUCCCCAGCAUGGACAUGCCCCAUCAUUUAAGAAGCCACGAGUGGUGUCAGUACCGUGAGGGUGUCUUUGUAGGCUCUGCACCGCCCCCAGGCGGCAGCAAGUCAAAGAAGGUAGCACGAGAAGACUACGCAUACGUCAAGUGCGGUCUACCUUAUCCAAUUCGCGUACCCAUACCCAAAGAGGCGCCCGUGGAGCAAGGAAUGCGCACCACUGUAAGGUUUGCUAAUCAAGAAGCGCCGAAGGGCUGGCCCAAUCUCUCACAACAAGACUGUGACAGUCUAGAAGCCACAGCGUGUGCUGCCAGUCUACCACGUGAGGAAGGCGGAUACUAUUGGGGCUACAAUGUUCGACGCGCUGCCUCGCUCGGCGCAGUCUUCUCCGAGUGCGAAUACCCUGGUGGCUAUGACAUGUCCAUUGGUACCUCCGAGCGCGGACAGUCGGUGUAUUCGUUUCUCUCAACUGGUGGAGUUUCCCCGGGUGACAUGUCCAGCUCCACAGUCUCUGGGGCUCCAGAAUCCUUCAACCACCUACUCAUCGUAUUCGGCGGUCAAGCGGGCAUAGAACCAGCAGUCGCCAGUGACCCGGAAUUGACUAGUAAAGGGCUAGACAAAUCUACAGCACACCAGCUGUUCGACGCGUGGGUAAACCUGGUGCCACGACAGGGCAGCAGGACCAUCCGGACAGAGGAGGCUGUUAUCAUCGGGCUCGGUGCGCUCAAACCUUGGAUUGACACUUUGUACGUAUGA